GGAAUUUAGCGAGAAUGUCGAAUGUAGCAAAAGAAAGAGCCAGACCUCCAACUAAGCAAAAUAAUUACACAGUUGAUUUUAAAUAGAUAAUUUCUCAUUAGUUAUCCUUUCUUAAAAAAAAAAUAUAACGUGAACGACUACACUGGUAUUGGUGCUAUUCAUUUGCAAUGUUACGGCUGUAAAUUGAUCGUGUGAUAGAGUGUACGUUGAUAAUGUAAUGAAACAUAAACGAUCAUUUCUAAAUACAUAGCUUAAAACAUUGAUGUCAUAGAGUGUAAGUAGUUUACUAUGAGUUUGCGUCAUAGAUCAAUCAAAGAUCUAGCGAUUGGAAAACGUGAACGUUACAAGUGAUUAAAUAAUUCGUCCAGAUCAAACAAAAUUUAUAAUUAAUAUCAACCCAAUUGGUUAGUUUUUUUGUGUAUUCGAUUGAAAAAAAGUGCUUUAUCACUAGUCUAUAAUCACAUGGGGAAUGCGCACGCACGAUAAUCACGCGAGUUUGUUUAUAUAUUACUCCGUUUUAUUAUUUACUUGAUAUAUAACAAAUCUUUUCCUUUUUUUUUUUUAAUAUUGAUUAAUAAUAAUUUACACUCAUCAUUUUACCAUAAUAUUGAUAACUAUAUUGAUAAAUUUCUUCAAUAUAAAGAAUCAUUAUUUAUACACUCGUCGCACGCUUUUGAAGCACAAAAUAAAAUUAGUGAAAAUAAUUUUUACAUUGUGAUUAAAUUAAAUAGUGUGUGUAAUAUAUAUAUUAUUUGUAAAACAAUGCAUAAAUUAAGACUACCUGUAAAGGUUGAAUUACCUUCUGCUAUUACAAGGUAUGGAGAAGCCUAGAAAACAGGAUGGUAUUGGACCACAAAGCUACGAGUUUGCAUAGUGAUUACGGAAGUUUUGAUAGACCAUUGCCAAGUGGAGAGAGUCACGAUAGGGACAUAGAAGCAGCGGUUGAUGGGAACACUAGUGGAAUGGCCCAAUCCAGUGACGUUUAUCAGAGGCAACCGCUGCUUCCUGGAGCACCUACAAAAAGUAAAGAACGAUGGGGAGGAGUAAGUUCUAGUGGAGAUUAUUAUGAGGAUGAUCAUGAUAAAAUUGAUAGCAUUGGACACACUCGACAUGCUGGUAUUCAAAAUGGUAGUGGUAUUGUUAAGUUGGAUAUACCUCCACCUUUAAGAGAAGAGCCACGAUUUCCAAAGGAAAAAUGGAAAACUGUUCUGGCAUUUUUAUUUAUGGUUUUCAAUUUUAUUUUAACAACAACAUCUUUAGCGAUGCUACAUGAACGUGUACCAGACCGUUCAUUAUAUGGUCCUUUACCCGAUAUUGUUCUAGACAAUAUUGAAGCACAAGAUUGGGCACUUAAUGUAUCUGAGGUUUUAAUAGUGAUAGUAUCUAAUUCGGCCAUGGUCUUUGUGAUAUUCCAUAAACACAGGUUUAUUGUUGUCAGACGAAUAUUCAUCGUAAUGGGAUUACUUUAUAUGAUGAGAAGUAUCACAUUCUAUGUUACGGUUUUACCUAUGUCUAGUAGAACAUAUUAUUGUAGUCCAAAAGUGAAUCAUACAACACCACUUAUUAUUACAAAAAGAGUCCUCCAAUUAAUCUCUGGCUUUGGGUUGUCAAUAAAUGGUAAACACACCUAUUGCGGAGAUUUUAUUUUCAGUGGACAUACUGUAGUUCUUGUACUUUGUUACCUGAUUAUCAAAGAAUACUCUCCUAGAAGAUGUCAACCAAUUCAUUGGAUCGCUGGUCUUAUAGCAGCUGUUGGGGUGAUUAUGGUCUUGAUCGCUCAUUGUCAUUACACUGUGGAUGUUAUCAUUGCGUAUUGGGUCACCACCCGGUUGUGGUAUAUUUAUCACACAUUAGCCAAUAACGCCCAGUUGAAACAAUAUGGACCAAACAACUUUUUGGCACGACUUUGGUGGUUCCCACUGUUUAGAUAUUUUGAGAAGAACGUAGGUGGAACAGUACCAAGACAAUAUGAUUGGCCUCUUCCUUGGCCUCGAAGAUUUCUUGCCAAGCACCCCAACCGGGAUAGUUAAUACUCAUCACAAUUUUACAAUGGAGCUUAUGGUUAUGGGGUAAAUAUUUCAAUAUGUAUAUAAUUAAAUUUAAUUUAUGUUAAAACAAAUUCAAGUGUCCUCAUUAUUUGAAAGACAUAGAAAUAUAAAUAAUUUACGAUAUAGUCAACAAAUGUAGAUCAAAGAGUAAAUGGUCAUAAACAGAAGCUUUAGACAGUAUCGUAGAUGAUAAAUUUAUAGUCUCGUCGAAUUUUUUUAUAUUAUUUUAAGCUGAUGUACAAUUUUCUAAAAUAUCCAAUAUCUCCUCAUAAAAUUGUAGAGAAAUAAUGAGAAAUUAUCUUCCGUUAUAUAAAUUCGGCAUAAAUAUUUAUAUAAAACUCGACCUUAAUUUAUAUUGGUUGUAAAAAAAAAUUAGACUAUUUAUAUCUACACUCAACA